GCCUCUUAUGCAGGUGUGAUAACUGCUCGGGCCGACAUUGCGCCAAUACAGAGUAUGUAUCUGAUGGGUGGAUCAGCAUCGUGCAUGCCAGUUGUUAUGAGAUGGUGUGCGACCCUACUUACCCAGGCAGUUAUAUAUCUUUCCUUUCGACCAAGUUUGUUUUGCCAGAAAGCCUUUCCUCUCCUACCAUCAUCCCUGCAUCUCCUAUACCCUAUAUCCCUCGAAAAUGUCUCCAGCCCCAGUUGGCGAAAAAUGGUGGAAGAACUCCAUCAUCUACCAGAUCUACCCAGCCAGUUUUAAAGACUCCAACAAUGACGGUAUCGGCGAUAUUCCCGGUAUCAUCUCCUCCCUUGAUUAUAUCACCAGCCUGGGGGUAGACGUGAUUUGGAUCUCACCUAUGUACGACAGCCCCCAAUACGACAUGGGGUAUGAUGUCUCCGACUAUGAGAGUGUCUACCCACCAUACGGCACAGUACAGGACAUGGAAGUCCUCAUCGACGAGUGCCACCGUCGUGGGCUGCGCAUUAUUCUGGACCUGGUUGUCAAUCACACCUCGCACGAGCACAAGUGGUUCAAGGAAUCGCGGUCGUCAAAAUCAAGCCCCAAGCGGGAUUGGUAUAUCUGGAAACCUGCAAAAUACGACGCCAAUGGAGUCCGGAAGCCACCCAACAACUGGCGCAGUAUCUUCGGCGGCAGUGCUUGGGAAUGGGACGAAGGAAGCGAAGAAUACUAUCUCCAUUUGUUUUGCAAGGAACAGCCAGAUCUCAACUGGGAGAACCCAGAGACCCGCCGUGCGAUCUAUGAUUCGGCGAUGGAGUUCUGGCUGCAGAAGGGUGUCGAUGGAUUCCGUGUGGACACAGUGAACAUGUACAGCAAACACCCUGAGUACCCAGAUGCGCCGGUCCUCGACCCCAAGUCGGAGACACAAAUGUCGCCAGCAUUGUUCUGCAAUGGACCUCGUAUUCACGAAUACCUCGGGGAGAUGAAUGAGGUACUUGCAAAGUAUGACGCGAUGACGGUGGGAGAGCUGCCAAAUACGCACACUGUCGAUGGCAUUCUGCGGUAUGUGUCCGCAGCGCAGAACCAGCUGAACAUGGUCUUUCAGUUCGAUAUCGUCGAUCUUGGACAAGGAAAAGAUUAUAAAUUCUUGACUACGCUGCCAGGCUGGACGCUACCGGAACUCAAGGCCGCGGUCAAGGGUACUCAAGUUAUCAUGAGGGGGACAGAUGGGUGGUCCACGGUGUUCAUGGAGAAUCAUGACCAGGGUCGGUCCGUCUCUCGGUUUGGUUCCGAGAAGACCCCAGAAUUGAGAAUCACAUCAGCGAAAAUGCUUGCGAUGAUGCAGGGCACGUUGUCAGGCACUCAAUUCAUCUACCAAGGUCAGGAAAUUGGCAUGGUUAAUGCGCCAGAGAGCUGGACUAUCGAUGAAUAUAAAGAUGUCGACAGUACAAACUACUACCAGAUGGUGCAGAAGAUUUCCAAUGAUGACCCGGUGGAGCUGGAGACUGCUAUGAAGUCACUCCAGCGUUUCGCGAGAGACCAUGCCCGGCUUCCUAUGCAGUGGAGCCCCGAGGCUAAUGGUGGAUUCUCUUCCUCGUCAGAAAAGACGUGGAUGCGUGUCCACGAUAACUACCCCGAGAUCAAUGCAAAAGUGCAGGAGAACGAUGAGUCUUCUGUCUUGUCGUUCUGGAAACGGGUUAUUCAGCUACGGAAAGAAUACGCCGACGUCUUCGUUUUUGGGGAUUUUGAGAUCUUGGAUGAGCCAAAUGAGAAGGUGUUCACUUAUUUCAAGCGAGGACAGAAACAGUCGGCUUUGGUAGUGUUGAACUUUUCAGAGGAUACCCUGAGAUUCGAGAAACCAGCUGCUGUGCAGGAUCCGAAGGUGUUGUUGCGUAACGUUGAAGGGGAUUUGAACGAGUUGCAGCCAUUCGAGGGGCGUGUGCUUUUGUUUUAAAUGAUAGAUAUAAUGACUUUGGUAGAGCCUUAGAUUGAAUUUAUGAUUCCGUUUCUUCACUCUUUUGGAAUAUAGAACGACAUCCCAAGUGAAUCAAGUAAAUGAAUGCCUCAGGCCAUUGCCAAGGCGCCAAGGCACGCGAUCUAAUAUAAAACCUGGGGUAAGAAAGGCCGGCCCCACGAUGUCUCUUCCUACCGACAUCGCCCGCUAGAUCGAUGCUGUUGUUACCGUAGAACCAUGGAGGACCAC